CACUCCAUAUCUUCAUCAUCACCAAUCACUUAUCUAUAGCACAGUCGGAACAUUGGUAAAUAUCCUUCGUAAACCACGCUAUUCUCACUCUGCCAUUAAAGCCCUUCGCUCAACACGAGCAGUUCACAGUACUCUUCGAAAGUAUCAAAACGAAAUUAAAUGAAAACCUUUCAACUUCACGGAGCAAUUUCAUAAGUAUCAACACAGCAGCCGCCCCUUUGUUCCGACUUGGUGCUGCUUAUGAUUCGAAGAUGGAAGAAGAAGACGAUAAGAAAAAAGUUGUGAAGAAAGCCUAUCCUCAAGCCGAGGAAGAAGAUAACGACAGCGAUGAUUGCUAUGAAAUCGAUCCAAUUGAUUUCACCACAAAGCUCGAAUUCAGCUCUGCCGACGAUAGCUCCGUCGCCAUUGUUGCACACAAGGGGCAUGUGGCUCUUAGGGAUUUUCCACAUCCAAGGCAUCUAUGCGGCAACUUUCCUUUUUGUCGAACUACACAUGAGACUUUUUGCAGUAAGUGCUUCUGUUAUGUUUGCGAGGUGGCUGCCCCUUGUUCGGAGUGGUGGGGAAAGAAUGGUCACUGCAAUGUUUCCCAGAAGGAAUUAGAAGGCCGACUUCAGAAGUUCACUCUCGACCACGAUCAGGGAAGAAUUUUUGAUCUCGUAGAACAGUUGGCAACUAUACCGGCUUUUCAAAUCUAUGAAUUUCUGGAAACCAUACCGACAAUAUCGAUCCUACCCACUGCUGGUAACAAUACCGGCAAAUCGACCUCCUCGGCUUCCGCCGGUGGCCGGCUUCGCCGUCGCGACUUUGUGCGACGCGCAAACCGAGCCGCCCGCGGCUCCGUCCGCUCCAGCACCUGACCAACUCCAUCUUCGUUCCCGCGCGACCCGCGGUCCACACCUGUCCCGCGUCCGCCCCAGUUCGAUCUGCUUCCGAUUACGAAUCUGAAUCCCACACAGUGCCCGCUUGCCUCAAACCCGUCUCCGCACGCGACUUCAGAUAUUUUAUAUUAAUUUGUCAUCAUUCUUAGGAUUUACUCAUUUGGAUCACAUAUUGUCUCAAAUUUUAUUUUAAAAUAUGUAUGAUCGGAUUAAUGACAAUUUAAUGUGUAUUUUACGUGCAUUUAAAACUAAAAUGUGCAUGUGUGUUCCGUACAUAAUGUUUUGAUCAUGGUCUCAUUUUGUGGAAUA